UAGGAAAAAGGAGACGCCCGUAGACAAUCAAGCAGACCCAGCGAGCUCCCCUUUGCCCCUGAGCUACGUAAGAUAGGCGUUUACUUAUUUAUAUCUCGCUGGCAAGCCUCGAUAUUAUUUUAUUCUGUAGAAAGCCGAACUCUCAACCACCACCAUCACCCUCACCACCACCACCAUCACCCUCAGCAUCGCCAUCACCAGAUUGCCUGCCGGUGCCUGAUCUCGCUCAAUUGACUCCUUGCCGCAGCAGCUACUCGAAGCUCCGAGCUUAACACUAAAACGCCCGUCGUUUGUUUAUCCGGCCUCCCUCGACAUGGCUAGUGGCAGGGCAUUUGCAACCCAUCUCCAGGCUCCCGGGGCAGAGGGACGCGAUGAGAGCCAGAGCAGACACCAUUUCAAGUCUCAGUCCAACAUGGCCUUCGAGAGCGCCUCGACAAACGUGGCGGCCGCGCAGAUGCGCAACGCCCUCAACGCCCUUAGUGACACCGUCAAGGAUCCCGCCGAAAAGAAGCGAUUCGAGGCCGAGAUGGACAACUUCUUCUCGCUCUUCCGCAGAUACCUGAACGACAAGGCCAAGGGCAACGUCCUCUCCUGGGACCGCAUUGCUCCUCCACAGCCCAACCAGGUGGUCGAGUACGACGACCUGGGCGAGUCCGCCUCGGUCGAGUAUCUCAAGAAGCUCGCAGUCGUCAAGCUCAAUGGUGGCCUCGGUACCUCUAUGGGAUGCGUGGGACCAAAGUCCGUCAUCGAGGUCCGCGAGGGCAUGUCCUUCCUCGAUCUCUCCGUCAGACAGAUCGAGUACCUCAACCGCACCUACAACGUCAGCGUGCCCCUGGUGCUCAUGAACUCCUUCAACACCGACGACGACACCCAGUCCAUCAUCAAAAAGUACGAGGGCCACAACAUCGACAUCAUCACCUUCAACCAGUCCAGAUACCCCCGUAUCCUCAGGGACUCCCUUCUCCCGGCCCCCAAGAGCUACGACUCCGCCAUCAGUGACUGGUACCCCCCAGGCCACGGAGACGUCUUCGAGUCCCUCAUGAACUCGGGCACCCUCGACAAGCUGCUCGACCGCGGUGUCGAGAUCAUCUUCCUCUCCAACGCUGACAACUUGGGUGCUGUCGUCGACAUGCGCAUCCUCGAGCACAUGGUCAAGAACGACGCCGAGUACAUCAUGGAGCUCACCAACAAGACCAAGGCUGACGUCAAGGGUGGUACCAUCAUCGACUACGAGGGUAAGGCCCGUCUGCUUGAAAUCGCCCAGGUGCCCAAGGAGCACGUCAACGAGUUCAAGUCCAUCAAGAAGUUCAAGUACUUCAACACCAACAACAUCUGGAUGAACCUCCGCGCCGUCAAGCGUGUUGUCGAAGAGGGCGGCCUCCAGAUGGAGAUCAUCCCCAAUGGCAAGACCAUCCCUGCCGACAAGAAGGGCGAGGCAGACAUCUCCAUCAUCCAGCUCGAGACUGCCGUCGGUGCUGCCAUCCGCCACUUCAAGAACGCUCACGGCGUCAACGUGCCCCGUCGCCGCUUCUUGCCCGUCAAGACCUGCUCGGACCUCAUGCUCGUCAAGUCUGACCUCUACACCCUCAAACACGGCCAGCUCGUCAUCGACCCCAACCGCUUCGGUGACGCCCCCUUGAUCAAGCUCGGAACAGACUUCAAGAAGGUCUCCGACUUCAUGAACCACAUCCCCAGCAUCCCCCGUAUCCUCGAGCUCGACCACCUCACCAUCUCCGGUGCUGUCAACCUCGGCCGUGGUGUCACCCUCAAGGGAACCGUCAUCAUUGUGGCCACCGAGGGCAGCACCAUUGACAUCCCCCCAGGCUCCAUCCUUGAGAACGUCGUCGUCCAGGGCAGUCUUCGCAUCCUCGAGCAUUAGACGCUGGACUCUUUUCUUCGCAUAUUCCACUGCCAUUCUCACCACCCCUCUCAUGGCUAUCAUCAUGUCAUUGGAACAUUGACAUGCUAUUGCCAUUGCCUUGCUCUACAGUAUCCCGUUUUAAUCCUUUUUCUCUGUCUGCGUGCAAAGUUUCCUAUUUCAUACUAAAGAAAAAACCUGCUGUCGUCGGCGUUGUCUUCCUCUUUUACUCUUUUUUUUUUCCCUCCUGAGCGUCUCCUAAUCAACAAAUAACAAAAUGCUUAUUUACUGACAUUCCUUCCCUUUACAUAUACUAAGAGAGAAAAAAAUGCAGAAACCAAAUAAUAAGAUGAGCGGUUAUACGUGUGUGAAUCGAAGCAAAAGUGGUCAUCGAAAAUGGACAACUAUUAUUUACUGUCUCCUAUACUCAAUUGUUCCUAUUGAUUGACGGAAAAUGCAAUCCAUCAUACCCCUUAGGCCAUGGCUUUUUAUUUCAUAGUCCCUUUAGAUAGUAUUACACGCAACAAAAAACAGUGCAUAGAAUAUGCCAGGGUUAGAUACUGCAUUCAACAUUUUACCAGCAUCCUCCCUAUAAAUGCCCCGUAGGCUCCCACGCCAAACAAGAGAGGUGAUGUCCUUCCUAGACCAAAA